ACAAUGAAAAACAAUAUGUCGGCGCCCGUUAUGGAUGGUAUCGACAGCUAAUGUGUAGCUCUAAGUUAAUGGUAAGAAAGGUAGAGCGCUGAAAUGUCCGACGUACCUAAUGAAACACCUGCUGGCUCCUCGGGCGACGGUGCUUGGUCCAUGCCCCUGCCAGCAUUCACCAAGGAGGACAACCCGCAUGGCGUGCUGUGCGAGAGUGCAUUUGCCACCCUUUUCCCUAAGUACCGCGAGAAGUACUUGCGUGAGUGCUGGCCUCUGGUCAAGAAGACACUCUCCGAACAUGGUGUGAAUGCAGAAUUGGACGUGAUCGAGGGCAGCAUGACAGUGACGACAACGCGCAAGAUGUGGGACCCAUACAUCAUUCUCAAGGCACGCGACAUGAUCAAGCUCCUGUCGCGCAGCGUGCCGUACGAGCAGGCCAUCCGGGUGCUGGAAGACGGUGUGGGCUGUGACAUAGUGAAGAUUGGCAGCCUGGUGCGCAACCGGGAGCGGUUCAUCAAGAGGCGCCAGAGGCUGCUGGGACCCAAUGGUACCACACUCAAGGCCAUCGAGCUGCUGACCAACUGCUAUGUCCUGGUGCAGGGCAACACAGUCGCCGCGCUUGGACCCUACAAGGGGCUGCAGCAUGUUCGCAAGAUAGUGGAAGACACAAUGAAGAACAUCCACCCCGUCUACAACAUCAAGGCCCUGAUGAUCAAGCGCGAGCUGGCCAAGGACCCCAAGCUAUGCAACGAGAAUUGGGAACGCUUCCUGCCGCACUUCAAGGCCCAGACGCUGUCUAAGCGUAAGAAGCCCAAGAAACAGCGCAUCAAGGGCGAGUACACGCCCUUCCCACCACCACAGCCAGAGAGUAAGAUGGACAAGGAGCUUGCCUCGGGCGAGUACUUCCUCAAGGAGCGUGAGCGCAAGACCAAGAAAAAGCAGGAGAAGGAGCAGGCCAAGGCCGAGGCCGAGGCCCAGCGCCAGGAACGCCGCAGCAAGUCCUUCCAGCCGCCUCCGGAACCCAAAUAUGUGCCCAAGAAGCAACCAGCAGCCAAGGAAGCGACUCCUGUGGACAUUGAGGCUUUAAAGAAGAAAGUGAAGGCAUCAUCAAAGAAGAAACCAGAGAAGAAGAUCCAGUGGCAAAGCUGAGUGGCAGCAAGUCGACGGCUUUUUCACUAUCGCUGCUGCUGUGCUGGGCUCGACACCUUCCUGUUAGGUGCACAGCUGCCACCAUCACUGUCAUCACCAUCAUCCUCUGCACCCAUGUACAGCUCUGGAUUGUGUCAUGUGCCACUGUUCUGUGUGUGGUAUAAGAUCAUUAAGUCCAAUAAAUGAAGUUAUUGUCUGUUA